CAUAAUAAUAAUACACACAAAUCUUUAUCUUUUAAAAAUGUGUGUCGCACAGGUUGUCUGGGUGUGCGGUUCAGCUGGCUGUACUCCGUGUUUGAUGACCUGCGGUCAGUGCUGGAGUUUGCGGUCAAUCUGCGGUGUGAGACUGGACUCUGUCCCGCGGACAUUCAGAACCACGGACAUUACUGCAGCAACGCAAACACACGGGGCACCGCAUACACACACACCCCGCCUGCCGACACACUCGACCGCUGUUGUCUUAACCACUGGAGAUGUUCUCAAGAGCUACAGGACAGAAACUGCAGUCGCAGGACACCGAUGUACAACAACUACACCUGCAGCUACAACUCCAGUUGUGAUACGUUGGAUUUCUGUGAGGAAGGAUUCUGCCAUUGUGAUUGGACAGUUAUAGACUGCAUCAGCUCCAACCAUGCAGUCACAAAACAGGAUGGGGAUAACCAACCAAUCACAUCACAGACAGGUAACAGUCUUAAAUCAGAGUACAAGUAACUACCUUUCAAAGUCACUAGAUGUUCACAGUCCUAACAACAAACAUACAUGUCAUAAAUACAUCACAUGAUGAUGAUAGCAUAAAAAGUAUCAUAAAGUUUCGUCUCUUUUA